AGUUGGCCCUAGUCUCAUUCGUCUCGCCGCCCCCGGUUUCCGUUUCCGGUUCCACCCCGAGUUCCGCCUCCGGUCUCUCCUCCGCCGGCGCAGGAUGGCGGCGGCCGCGGGCACAGCGAGGCAGGCGGGCGCGGCGCCCAGGGUGGGGCUGCUGUACGACCAGAGGAUGCUGGCGCACGCGCCUGCCGGGAAGAAAGAAAAGGAGACCCCCGAGCGGCUACGCGCCAUCUGGCGCAAGCUCGCCGCCGAGGGCGUCACCUCCAGGUGUGUGGGCAUGAGGGCGAAGGUAGCCAAGGAAAAAUAUAUAGCCUCUGUCCACGCCCGGAAGCACGUAGAUCUGAUAAGGAAAAUCAGCUCGAAGGAUAGUUCCGAUCUAAAAAAGACUGCUAAGAAAUUUGAUUCCGUUUACUUCAGCAAAGGCUCCUCAGAGUCUGCUUUCCUUGCGGCUGGUUCUGUCAUUGAGGUUGCUGAGAAGGUUGCGGCUGGUGAGCUGAGUUCUGCCAUCGCUCUAGUCAGGCCUCCAGGCCACCAUGCCGAACAUAGCAAGCCCAUGGGAUUUUGCCUCUUCAACAAUGUGGCAAUUGCAGCUAACUACCUCUUAAAUGAAAGGCCUGACCUAGGUAUCAACAAGAUAUUGAUUGUCGAUUGGGAUGUUCAUCAUGGAAAUGGCACGCAGAACAUGUUUUAUAGUGACCCUCGUGUAUUGUUCUUUUCAGUGCACAGAUAUGAUUAUGGAAGGUUCUACCCUUAUGAAGCGGAUGCAUCACACGUUUUCAUUGGGGAUGAAACUGGUCGAGGGUACAACAUUAAUGUGCCCUGGGAGCAUGCGAAAUGUGGUGAUGCAGAUUAUGUUGCUGCAUGGGACCAUGUACUCCUUCCUGUUGCAGAAGCAUUUGAUCCGGAUAUAAUAUUACUGUCUGCUGGGUUUGAUGCAGCACGGGGUGAUCAUAUGGGUGAUUGCUGCAUCACUCCAAAUGGAUAUGCACUGCUACUAACAAAGCUGUUAGGUUUUGCAAAAGGAAGGAUUGUGAUGGCCCUUGAAGGAGGUUAUAACCCUGAGUCCAUAGCAAACUCAGUUUGUGCUUGCGCAAAAGUAUUGUUGGGAGAUAAAUUCACACUUAACUCUCCAGAGAUGCAACCAUUCGAAUCUACAUGGAGAGUCAUACAAAUGGUACGCGAUGAAUUAAAGACAUACUGGCCUGUUUUGAGCAGUAAGCUUCCGGAGAACGUAUCUUUGAGGAGUACGCCGUCAUAUUGCAGUCCAUCCGCAUUGUCAAAAGUUAAUAUUUGGUAUGCCAGCUUAGGUUCGAACAUGUAGAAACCAAGAUUCUUGUGCUACAUCGAAGGGGGUAAGGUUGAUGAUAUGAGUGUAUCAUGUUUUGGUUCACAUGACACAAGCCCACGAAGAGGUACCAUGUGGAAGAUGCAUCAUAGAUUUUUUCAGGAGAUCCUCUAUCCCCUGUGGGGUACUGGUGGUGUUGUUUUCCUCAACCCUGAUAUAAACUACAGUGACAAGUCAUAUGUCUGCAUGUACGAAAUAAUGCUUGAGCAGUUCAAUGACACGUUGUUUCAAGAGAACUGUUUAGUGAAGGAUAUCAGCGAAGAUGGAAAAUUCAAGUCUCCUGGCUCUCGUUUGAUUCGCUUGUCUGAAAUAGACUCUGCCUCUUCACAAAAAACUCUUCAUCUUGAACGUAUUAAGGAUAUCUGGUGCUCCACGUGUAAAAACAAUGUACUCUAUCUUGAGAGGAGGAUGACGUCCAAUUUUAACUAUGACAUAGAUGCCCCUCAACAGCUGUUGCGCAGGGGGACCCCCCUCACCUAUGCUGUUCAACAUUGCUGUAGAUGUUUUGCAAGAAUUAAUUCAUAGGGCUAAGAGAGCUGGGUUAAUUAGAGCGGUGUUCCUUGUCUAGUAGAGGGAGGCAUUAAUAUGUUACAAUAUGUUGAUGACACAGUACUUUUAUUAAGAGCUGACAAGGUGUUAAAGAACAUUUUAUGCUUA